AUGCUAUCGACUAAUCAACUCAUUUUGUACGACAUUAACAAAUCCAUCGAUGCUUUUAAUGGAUGGACGCACACAGCCGUUGGUUACUGUCAGGGCUUCAAUAUGUUGGCCGCGAUUAUACUGAAGGUUAUGGAGGGAGAUGUCGACGACUCUCUAAAGGUUAUGAUUUAUCUGAUUGAAGGCGUUCUACCCGAAAGUUAUUUCGCCAACAAUCUGAGGGGUCUGUCGGUAGAUAUGGCUGUAUUCCGAGAUCUACUACGGAUGAGGCUGUCCACUCUGGCCAAACACUUUGACAAACUCCAGUACGCGGGACAGGACCAGAGCACCGGUACCAGCUAUGAGCCGCCGCUAAUCAACGUCUUCACAAUGCAAUGGUUUCUCACGCUCUUCACCAACUGUUUGCCCCAGUCUUCCGUACUAAGGAUAUGGGACUUAAUAUUUCUGGAGGGAAAUGAAGUGCUAUUGAGGGCCGCACUCGCUAUCUGGGAUUGUUUGGCAGACCGUAUAUUGACUGUCGAGAGCGCCGACGAAUUUUAUAGCAUAAUGGGUGUACUCACCAGAGAAAUGAUGGAGUUUGGGGUCACCGAUACCAACGAACUGAUCAAGACCAUUUGCAUAAUGGCUCCCUUUCCGUUCCCACAAUUAGGCGAAUUACGAGAGAAAUACAUGUAUAAUAUCCGACCCCUGACCUCAUCCCUGGCUCUGGUCAAGAGAGGGCUACAGAUAUUUCAGAGCGACGACGAAGACGAGUGUGAUGUUGGAGACGAUCAGAUCAUGUUAGCCAACCUCUACUCCACCAAUGCCUACAACUCGCAUAAGAUUAAAGAUCAGUCCAGUCGUACCCCAUCUCCGCACUCGGAGAACGUUAGGAUCAGUAAUACAUUAGCCAAUAACGUGGUCAGUGGUGGUACCGGUAGCCAGACUAACAACUUCCUGUCGUCCACUAACAUCGACUCCCAGAGAAUGACUUUAGAUAUCUCUCUACUGAAGAAACAAUACGCAAAACUCAAGGAACGCCAACGACAGGCACAGGUCAUCAUCACCGAAGGCUUCCAGAGGGCGAACUCCAGUGCCUUCGCCAAGAAAGAGCCGUUGACUAUGAAUCACCUGUUGUUAGGAAAGACGGCACUGAUAUCAAAGCGUCCGAAGAGGCCGUCGCCUGUCAUCCAGACUGUGACCCGAGCCAACUAUGAGCCCAAGAGUCCAAGAGCUUUGCGCAACCGAUCCAAUACUGUGGCAAAUCUGUUGUCCAACAAAACCAAUAACAAUAAUAAUCACAAGAAUAGCACAAAUGAGCGCAAGAAAUACGAUAAAAGUAGUAAAGGAUUGACGGAAACGCCGGAAAGCGAAACCAUUUCGUGGACUGAAAUCAAAUUAGAGAAGAAACGACACAAAUUUCAACGAAAAAUGUCUGAACCGGUGCUGACGUCCUUCCAGGAGAGCUCGUGCGAAGACAACUCAUGUUUCAGUUCAAUCACCGCCGGCGCUGUCGACGAUAUUGAGAUUGUGGUGACUCGACAACAGAUGAAGGCGUCCAACGAGUCGUUGAACAGUUCCAGUAGUAGUUCCACAGAAUUAUGCGACGACGACCACCUAAACGACAACUCCAGCGAUUUCGCCUCAUCUCCAGAGGUUUACCGAAAGAAUCGGAGUUUACCGACAAAUCACCACCAAUUGGCCAAUGAUAAUAACAAAGACAACAACAAUUCAGAGACCCAGAGGCCUGUCUUUCAAGUCUCUGAUGACGGCCCCGAAAGCUAUCAAUUGAAUGAUAAAUCUUUGAGUAGAGGUUUGGCAGCAAAUCAUCACCAAAUGACUAGUGAAACGAAUAAUGAUAACAACAAUACUGAUAAUCAAAGAUCAGUCUUCGAGAUCUCCAAUGACUUUCUCGAAAGCAUUCAAUUGAGCGAAAAGUCUUUCAGUAGAGAUUUGCCCGCAAAUCAUCACCAAUCAGUGAACGAUAAUAACAAUUCAGAUGUCCAGAUGUCGGUCCUUCACGUCUCUGAUGGUUGUCUGAGCGAUGAAAAGUCUGUGACUGAUUCCGGAGACCAAUGCCUUACAGCUAAUAAUAACGGCGAUUGUGAUAGUAGUAUAGAUCAUCACCGCUCUGACCCCAUACCCACACAAAUGAGUGCCAUCGAUGAUAAUUAUGUGAAGCCAGAGGCCAGGGAUUCCAACUCUAACUCUAAUUCGGACACAUCUAAAGACGCCUAUCAGUCCAUUAAAAGUGAGAUCUCAUCGCUAAGUUUAGAGCAAUGCAUACAAAAACUGAAUGAGAAGUUAGUUUCGCUAAACGAUGGAAAUCUGCAGCAAUGAUGAUAACAAAAAAAAGACAUCUAUUUCUUAAACAAUUUCUUAUUUUUGAAAAUUUCUAUAUAUUUUUCUUCGACAACUCAUUUCAAAUGAGCCAAUAUUUGCU